AAAGAUUUUAGUUUGAUUUCGUUUAGUCGAUCUGGUGGUAAAGGUGGUCAAAAUGUUAAUAAAGUUAAUACUAAAGUUACUUUGAAGAUUGAAUUAUCAAAUCUGAUACCACAUAUACCGAAUUAUUGGAUCACCAAUUUAACAAAAUCGCAUCUCUAUGCAUCAACUUCCAAUUCGAUCAUAAUUCAAUCAACUCUAACUCGUUCUCAAUCCCAAAAUUUAGAAGAUUGUUGGCAAAAACUGAUUGAAAAUUUAAAAUUAAUUUCUAAAAUCGGGUUAAAAGGUCAAACUUCAAUUGAAACAAUUCAAAGAGUUAAAAAAUUACAAUCGAUUGAAAAGAUCAAAACUUUGAAACAAAAGAAUUAUAGACAUCAAAUUAAAGUUAAUCGA